GACGAAAAAUCAUUCAUUUCCAGAUAUAUUUUCGAAGAUUUCUGUCAAGAAUUUAUCUUGCUUGUAACAGACAUUUGUCAUGGCCUUUUUAUGUGUCAUUAAAUUCAUCGACCGAAUAAAAAUGAAUGACAAGCAAUGACUAGAGAACACUUCACUAAUCAUCAAAACACAAACACUGGCUCAUCACAAACUUGGGAGCAAAGUAACUUCGUGCAAAAUUCGACGUAUUUCUACAUUGAUUUCAACUUUGUAAAUGAGCAUGACAACAGACUUAGCUUUAUGUCCAUUUAAAAUCAGAUGCUUCACGAUGGAACUAAGAAUCAACUAAAUGAGAGAAUGAUUCAGAUCAACAUGACUAAUGACAAUAGACAGCAUCAAACAACGCCAAUUUGAAUUCACCACGAUAUUCUACUAUAUCAAUACUCAGAUUACCCCUGUCAGAAUCAUCUACAAUGCCAUUAUCUUUAUCGUUUAUAAGCAGGCUUUCUAAUAACAUAGUUCAUUUUUCGUCUCUCUGAUUUUCUUCUAUUCAGUUGCACAUAUUCGGAUGGCAGUCAACAGAGAAUUAGAAGUGUCUAGGCUAGAAAAAAUGGACUGCAUGUACCACUAUUAAUGGAGGAAACCCGGCCGUGGGCUUUCAUUCAUCGUAUUCAUUUAUCAUGGCCCCUGCUGGUACUUCUGUUAACUACAAUAGAAGGAGUUCGUGAAUAAAUGAAAACGGCUAAAUACGAACGUACCUAACCAAGUAAUGUUCUUUCAGUUUCUUAUAGGAGGAGAACUUUGCCUAUCACUCGCUCAUUUUAUGAUCUACUAUUUAUUUAUAAUUGCUUUCUCACUUUCAAACUCCUCUAGAUAUUCAUAAACUAUUUUAGUUACAGUUCCCACUGAAAUUCUCUCAAAACAGUUCAUGGUGAUCGGGCUCUAUUAAUUCUAUUUCUCGAUCGUCUAAAUUCGAGUGCUUCUAUUGCCUAUCGUAUUUGUAUCGAUAAUCGACCUAAAAAAAACGAAAUAUCAGACAGGAAAAUGAGAAAAUUCGCAUUUCAUGUUUUGAACAUUGACCAUCUGAGCUCGCUGAUCGCUGAUUGUGAGUGAUUCGCCGGACUAAUCACAUCUAGGGCUUGGGUGUUGAUUCAGAGUGGUGUCCUUCUUAUCAGUCACACUCGCUCACAUCCACAUUCAUCUAAGUUCCCUCAAUGUAGUUUGUUUUUCUUAAAUGAACAAGAUCAGAACAUUUUCUCAAAGAUGUAUCAUGAAUCAUUUGAUUUGUCUAUAUUUCACAUUGAUUUCUAUCAACUAUUUAGAUGCGACUCGCUCAAUUGGUACGAUUCUUCGAUUUUAUAAAAAAAUGAAAUGAUUUAUUUCCGUCCAUGACAGCAUCAGAUUGAAUUGACUCUAUGAUUUUAUGAUAAACUGGCGACUUUGUUUUUAUUACGAGUAUUGAAAUUUAUUCAUCCAGCUAAAGUUUGUCAGCAUAUUAUUAAAUUUUUAAAAGAUUUAAAUCUAGUGUUUUAUAUUCUUAAUGCAUCGAGAUUUUAUAGCAAGUAAUAUUUUCAUUCAUCUUAAUAAUCAUAUACGUAAUAAAGAUAUAGGUCUUGUUCGUGUACCUGAGCAAGAAACUAAUGCAUCAACGACUGGCUAG